AUGGUAGAAUCUGCCACUGUUGGUUUGUUGUUCCACGCAACGUUAGCUGAGAUGAUCGAUCAUUCGAAUAUGAAAGUCCUCGACAGGUCGUCAUCCACUGUUAUUAUUUUAACUUUCGUGAUAGUUUCAUUAAUCGGAUACACUUUAACUAUUCCUUGUUUAUGUUAUGCAGCUCAGCGUCAUUCCCCUUCAGCCUUAAUACCAUACUUGGUAUGGAGGAUGUUAUUCUCUGCCAUUAUAUGUUUGAUAGUUCUUUGGCAGGCAUUAGAGAAGAAUAAACGAGCCGCCUUCUAUAGGGCAGCAUUCUAUGAUAAGAGGUUCCCUGUAGCCGUUGGUGAGGUAUAG